AUGACUGUGGAUGCUGUUGUUGGAAGCACUAGUGUGUGCUUUGUUACGGAUAAUGUCUCCUUUUAUGAAGAAACACGACUUUUGGAUAAAGGGAAGCUUACAAUCACGGAGAGCUCAAUAAGUUGGAAUGGGGAGAAGCUUCAGUUCUCGCUAGCGUAUCCAAACAUUUGUCUUCACGCAGUUAGCCGUGAUCCCUACGGUGGCGAUGAAAACGUCAAGUUUCCUCAUCCGCAUCUACUUCUUAUGGUUGAUGGUGAACGUGUUUGGUCUAAUGGUGAGCCAUCCAUCUCUGGCGAAGGUGACACCGGUAUGGAAAUUGAUGGUGGUGAAGAUGUAAGUGGCGAGGAAAAUGGGACUGAUUUCCCCACCGACGAAGAAAAAGCUUCGUUUGUCCUUCGUUUUGUGCCAUCUGACCAGAACGACCUCGAUUCUCUUUAUGAUGCGAUUGCGGAAUGCCAGGCCCUAAACCCAGACCCAGAGGAUUUCUCUGAAAAUGAAUUUGAAGAUGUUCAAGAAGAGCCUGAGGGUGACGUUAAUAAUGAAAAUGGAAAUGGAGACAUUGAUCCUGAAAAUUUUACUGACGACUAA